UUUGGCAAACGGAACGGGCGAAAGUUUUUCUAUAACGAUGAGACGUCAAAUUUUUUUGUUGGGCUUUAUAAAAAAAUUUGUCGUGUGACGAGUUCGUUGUCGCAAAAUAAGCAUUAAAAUCGCAUUGAAAACAUUUGCAACAAUUCAAUAAUUCGUGUGUGCAACUUCUGCGGGUGCGGCGCUGCAAGUUGAUCGUGAAAAAUACAAGAAAAAAUCAAUUGCUUGGGUUCUUCGCUGCCAAUUUCAAUUUUUAUUCUGCGUAUUUUUGUGUGUGCAAAAAUAACGAAUAGAAAAACAACAUACAAAAAAAGAAAGAGAAGAGGCGAAAAGCGAAAAAUAGCCACGGAAAAGAAAAUUAAAUGAGAACGAAAAUUAAGUCAUUGAAGCCACACACGGGAAAAUUCGUCGACAACAACAACAACGUUCGAAGUUUGAAGCAGAAAAUGUGGCACGAGCCGCGAGAUGAGCACCAAAAGAGACAGUGAAACAACACCAGAAGCAGCAGCAGCAAUAUAAAUAAAUAAAUCAUACAGGAAGCAGGCAGCAAGCAGACGAGAAGAAGCAAGCUAGAAAAGGGAGCCUGAGAUUAGUGUUGUUGUUGAUGUUGUUGUGUUUGUUGCUUGCUCUACUCGCAAAUAUUUAUAUGUGCAUUAUAUACACACAUAUAUAAAUCAAGUGAAAAUAAAAAAAAACAAUUUCCAAUUAAAAAAAAAAAGUCUCAACUGGGUGGCAGCCGCAGCAGCAGCCGCCGCCGCAACAAGGCAGAGCUCGCGAGUGUGUGUGUGCGCGUGUGUGUGAGUGGGUCUAUAUGUGUGUGUGAGCGAGUGCAAGCGCGCGUGUGUGUGUGAGUGUGUUGUGUGCUUGUGUUGGUCGUUUGUGCAAGUUUUUGGGGGCUGUGUCGGGUGUUCGGUCCGUCGGUCGGUCGGUCGCUUUUUGUGAAAGAGGAGUAGUAGAAAAAAGAAGAGCCGAGUUGUGUCUUCGAAGUGUGCUAGUGUGUGUGUGCGGAAUUCUUUGACAAUUCCCCCUCAUCCCCCCAACACCCAACAUACGUUACCAUGGAAUAUUACCUAGGAGGUUACGUCUAUGUGAGCGGAGAUGCAGUCAAGAUUCAGCCGCCGGUUUAUACGAAUGUUCCUGUUGAGACGGCAAUGUUAGCCACCAACUUGUUUGGCCCGACAACGCAAAUUGCAGCUCCGACCGCAGCGACCCAUAUACCGUUGAUCACCGCAGCCGCCGCCGCAGCAGCAGCUGGAGCAACAACAACAACAACAGCCGCAGCAGCGCCACAAACCACACAGCAGCCCGCACAGCAUCCACAACAGCAGCAGCAGCAGCAACAACAGCCGCAACAGCAUCCACAUCAACAGCAGCAGCAACAAAUCAUAACGCAUACGCACGCUUCACACGCCCACGCUGUGGCAGUUGCAGCAGCCGCCGCCGCAGCACAGCAGCAACAACAACAGCAGCAGCAGCAAUCCACACAGACCAUCCAAGCGUUGACGCCGGCAUCGGGUCAAUUGCAUCUGCAUCCACAUCCAGCACAACAGCAUUUGCAAUACGGCCAUCCGAGUCAGCAACAACAGCAGCAGCAGCAACAACAACAGCAGCAGCCGCAACCUGUGCCGUUGCCGCUGGCGCUGCCGUCCACUGGCGAUAAUAGCAUAACACAGCAGGCAAACGCCAUUGACAAUACAAGCGAAUACGCUGCCGCCAUCAUGAAUGGAGCCAUUGCUCAGACUCAGGAUGGCAGUUUGGUCUGCUAUACCACAGAGGCGCUUGUACCUGGCGUAAAUACUACGAAUUUAGUUGCACUCGAGCAGCAGCCGCCGCCAGAGUUGUUGCCACAGCAGCUGCAGCAGCAACAGCAACAAUUGGCGGCCGAUGAAUGCGGCAUGCCAAUGGAUAAGCUAAAGCAAAUGCUGGCCACACAGUUGGAUUAUUAUUUUUGCAGAGAGAAUCUGGCAACCGAUACUUAUCUGUUGUCCCAAAUGGACAGCGAUCAAUAUGUGCUCAUAAAGACAGUGGCCAAUUUUAAUCUUGUUAAGAAACUAACCAAGGACAUCAAUUUGAUUACGGAUGUGCUGCGCGAAUCGCCCAACGUUCAAGUCGAUGACGAGGGAUUGCGCGUGCGCCCCAAUCACAAGCGUUGCAUCAUCAUCUUGCGCGAAAUAUCCAACAACACGCCACUCGAUGACGUCAAGGCUCUGUUCAGCAGCGACAAUUGCCCGCGUCCCAUCUCCUGUGAGUUUGCGGCCAACAAGUCGUGGUACAUCACCUUCGAGUCGGAUGAGGAUGCGCAAAAGGCAUUCAAAUAUCUGCGCGAAGAGGUCAAAGAGUUUCAGGGCAAUCCCAUUAUGGCACGCAUCAAGCCCAAGUCCUUUAUCAAUAGAAUAGCUGCAGUACCAAAUAUUAAGAACGGUUAUCGUCUCAAUUCACCACCAACUGCCGCCGCAGUCUACGAUCCAGCUGCAGCUGCUGCCGCUGGCGCUGCGGCGGCUACAGCUGCCGCUGUUAAUUAUAAUCCGGCGCAGCAACGUUUCGUCUACACCAGCAAUGGAGCCAUUGCUCCUCCAGUUCCCUACAGCAGCCAGAUUGUGAUUCAACCACAGUACUACACUGGUUUGAUGGCUCCGUGGCAGGCCGCUCCGGUGGCUGCCGGAGCGCAUGGACAGAAUUUCUACGAUAUUGGCAACAUAUUUGCCGCAAAUAGUCUGGCACCACAGGCUGUGGCCGCCAAUUUCACCACUGCACCACCACCCACCGCACAAAUUGUGACCAAUAAGCCGCAGGGCGGCGGCGGUGGACGCUACAAUAGCAAUCAUCGCGGCAAUCCCAAUAAUCUUGGCGGCGCUGGCGCUGGACCACGCGGCGAGCCGCGCAACAAACCGCCACGCAAUGCGCAACAACAACAGCAGCAACAGACGCCAUCGCAUAUACAGGGCAGCAACAUUAUCAUGUCGACUGCAUUGCGUUGUGUGGUGCCCACAGCUAUUGUGGAUCCAACGCUGCAGCAGCAACAACAGCAGCAGCAGGUGGUACAGCAACAGCACCAGCAGCUGCAACAACAGCAGCAACAAGCGACCAGCUCCAGCCACAGCAACCAGCAAGUGCAACAGCAGCAGCAGCAACAACUUGCCACUGGCAACACGGCGAGCACGCCGCGUUAUGCCAUCAAAACGAACUGGAAGGGUGGCAUGCAAAAGAAUCUGGACAAAGGCUAUGGGGCGCAUCAUCAUUACAGCACUCAGGUGCAGACGCUGCCCAGCAGUCAUGGCCAUCAUCAGGCGCAACAACAGCAACAGACCCACUAUCCAUUGCCUUCCUCGAGUGCCGCGGGCACAACUCAUGCUACCUAUGCCAGCAGCGGCAGCAGCCAAGCGAACGCUGCAACACUGACGCUGGCCCCACAACAGCCGGGACAACAACAGCAGCAGCCGGGUCACCAUCAUCUCGUUGUGCACGCCCAGCAGCCAGUUGAGCAGUUGCAGGAGGCAGCUGGCGGCGAUGGCGUCACCGUAGUGGAGCAUGCCGGCAACACGGCAUCCACCGCUCCACACAGCAUGCAACAAAGUCGCAGCAACAUGUCGGCCAGCUCAUCCUCAUCGCUGGCCACUUCCAUUGGCGGCAACAAGGAGUCGUCGCAGCCACAGCUGCAACACUGGCAGACACGUCCACGUCGUCGUCGACGUGACGAGGAUGGUGGCAUCAAUUAUUCGCCUGGCGGUCGUGUGAAUAUCUAUGGUGGUUCACCGCAAUUGCUCUCCUCAUCGUCUGCCUCGUCCAACAGCAAUGUGCAGUCUUCUGGCGGCGGUUCAACGCAUCGCGAGAGUCACUACAGCAGCAGCCACGAUGCACCGAGUGCUCCGCCGCCGCAGCAUCGCGGCAAUUACAAGGGCAACAACUACAAUCCCAACUAUCAUGCCCAGCAGCAUGCGUCCAUGCAUCAUCAUCAUCACAAUCACAACCACAGCUCGCUGCCAUCGCAACAGCAGCAACAACAGCAGCAGCAACAGCAUCAUAUGCCAACGGCCCAGCAGAGUUCGGGGCAUCCGUAUCACCAUCAUCAUCAUCACAACUCCAUUGGCAGCAAUGUGGGCAACAGCGGUGGCCUCGGCGUCAGCGGCGGCAACAGCAACAACAAUAGCGGAGGUGGCAACAAUAACAACAGCAACAUGUCCAGCAGCAUUGGCAGCAACAGCGGAGGCGGCGGUGCUGGUGGCGGUGGCAACAGCGGCAACAAUGAACGCAACUUGCAUCAUGGCGGCGGUGGCAUGGGCUAUCAGGGUCACAAUGCUCAUCAGCAACAGUUGCAGCAGCAGCAACAACAACAGCAACAACCGCCGGCUCCAGUGCAGCCGCCACAAUUCGAUUUGGAGGCAGCUGCCUUCCCGCCAUUGCCUGCAACAUCGGCGCCAGCUCAUGCUGCGCAUCAUCCCAGCCACGCUUCUUCCAUACACAGCGCCAACAACAGCAGCAGCAACAACUCCUCAUCGACAGCAGCAUCGAGCUUAACUCACCACAACAAGCAGACAUCGACGGCGGCGCAUCAGUCACAGGCUCAUCAUCAUAAUCAGGGGCACAGCACAGCAGCCGCUGCCGUGGAGAGCAGCAGCAACUCUGGCGUCGCUGGCGAGGAGUCGCGUUCUAGCAAUCAUCAGCAUGCCGAUGGCAAUGCGCACAGUUCCUCCAACAAUAACAACAACAGCAGCAACACAGCCACAAAUGCCACCGAGAAUCGUCUGUCCGAUGUGGUGCGCACAGGCAAAGGCAAGGCGCGCAAGGAUGCGGCUGCCCAUCAAAACAGACAUCAUCAGCAGCAGCAACAGCAUUUGCCACAGCACUAUCAACAACAGCAGCAGCAGCAACGCAUUAGCCCGACGCCAGCGAUGGUGGUGAUGGUGCCCGUUGAGGAGACGCCACGCCCAUUGGGCAACAAUACUAAAAACUUUACUAAGCAGAGCUCUAGUAAUAACCCGAUCCAUGUGAUAAAGUGUGUAACACCAAAUAUCAACGCCAGCAACAAGUUGAGCAACAAUAACAACAACAACAACACUGCGGCGACGGCAACGACGACUACGACUUCGACGUCAACAGCAGCAGCAACAGCUGCUGGCGAAGAUGCAGCAACAGCAACAACUGUUGGCGGUGCUGCCCAGCAGCAGCUGGAUAAAACAAACAAGACUGAGGAUGACAUGCAUCCAAUGCACGGUGGCGGCAAACAGCAGCAGCAGCAGCGUGGUCUAGGCGAGGUCUAUGCCCAACAGCAGCAGCAGCAGCAACAGUCGCAACAACCGCAGCAGACUAUUACAAAUGACUAUGGGCGUGGCGGCAUGGGCGUGGCUGCCACUGGCGGUCCACUGCCUGUUGUUGCCGGGCACAUGUCAAGCUCGGGCGCUGGCGCCUGCAGCAGCAAUGUGGCAACCACAACAUCAUCAUCGACGCUCACCACCGGCCUCAAUGAGCUGAGCCUGGGCCCAAGUCAGGGUCAAGGCCACAAGAAGGCGUCGCUGGUGGGCGUGCAACAGGCCAAAAAGGAGCUCAACAGCGCCGGCAAAGAUGUGAGCAAACACAAAAGCGUUGCCACAUCGACUACCACAUCGAGCAGCAGCAGCAGCAACAACAGCAACACAAAUGCCAACAACAGCACCACCUCCAAUUCAGUGUCAACGGAGAACAUUGCCGCCGCAACGGCCAGCAAACUGAGCUAUGCCCAGGUGGCACAGCAUCACAAGGCCUCCGUUGAGAGCAAAGACGGCACUUUGUCGCCCACUGGCAGCCACAAGCUGGAGCUAGUCUUUGGCGACACUUCGUCAGCGGCGACAGCCGAUAAAAUCACCGUCGCCAGCGGUGCUGAGAAGCGUCAGGCGUCUGGGCCAAGUGCCGGAGCAACGCAGGCUGGCGGCAAAGCUGCCAGCAGCACACAGACAAUGAACGCCAAUCAGUCAAGCGGCAAUCAGACGGCUGGCUCCAAAGAUAAGGACGCUGGCCAGCGUGAGUCGCGUCCAAAGGCUGCGCUGAUUGCGGGCAGCGGCGGUGGCGGCUCAAUGCGUCAGCAGAGCAAAGAGAAGCAAACGCAUCAGCAUCAACAACAGCAUUAUGGAUCAGCCGCUGAUCACAAUACGAAUGCCAAUCAGGGCGCCGGUGGCGGCGGCGGUCGCAAAUCGAGAGCAAACAACUCUUAAAAGCAAAGAAAGUCGCCGAAUCAGCGACAAAUGUGAAAUAAACAAAAAACGAUACUUUUGCUGCUUGUUUGGCUGUCAUGACACAACGCAACACAUCGCUUGCAACGUUCAACAGCAGCCGGGCAGCAAAUAGCAACAACUACACCACCAUCAAAGCAACAAGCAACAAACAAAACACUCCCACGCACUCUACAGAUCCCCCUUAAGUCCCCACGCCCACUGUACAUAAAUUCCAUGUGUAAAUAUACAAGCGAAAGAGCAGAUUUUUUGUUAUAUAUCUAUUAGAGCUACAUAUAGAUAUUUACAAGCUAACCAAGGAGGCAUAUAUAAGUUGUCGUCGUCGCACUGCAGAAUAGAGGAAGGAAGGAGAGAAAUUGGAGUAGAAGGCGAAUCAGCUUGGACCAGUUAUCAUAAUUUACGAGUAAUAAAUAGUAGGCAAAGGAAUAAUGGUGCAUAACAUUAAUACACAACAACAACUCUCUAUACAAGCAUAUACUAUAUGUGUGUAUAUGUAUCUGUAUAAUCAGUUAACGUUAAUCUACACUCACGACUCACACGACUCGACACACACACACACAUUUACACAUACUUCAAUACAUACUUAGUUUAGUGCAACACAUUUUGAGAGACGAAAGGAAAGAAAGGAAGGGAAGGAAAGAGAAUGAUAUGCCCAAGUUAAGUUAAUGAUUACAAUUAAUCUAAUCUCUAUACACACACUGUUUGAUUCAUGUUAGCCAAGUUGCAUCCGAUUGCAACAGCGCAACAAACCAGAUAAACAAUAGCAUUGUUACUCAUUUUACAUUUAUAACUCAUUGCUAAAUGUGAAUCACGCGGUAAUCAUGAGAACAUUUUGAUUAACUAUAUUCAUUUUCUUAAAUGCUAAAAAACGAAAAAGAAAACCUACAAAUGAUUGUAGCCAACACACUCUCGAGUAUAUAGUCAUUAUAUAAGUGUAUAUAUAUAUAUAAACUAUAUACGCUAGUCCCACAAACACACACACACUUUUAGUAGGCGACCAUUGAAGUCUUUCGAUUUAGUUAAUUUAGAACCUUUAUUAUUUUUUUUCUGUUGUUUUAAAUGGGAUUCUGGUACUUAGUUCAUGUCAUAAGGGAUCCAUUUACAAUAAACAAAAAAGAAAACCACUGACAACACUCUCACACAUACACUGACAGACUGGCACACACACACUCUCACACAACAUACUCUAAUUUUAUGUAUAUUUAAAUGUAUAUGGAAAUAUUUGCAUACAUUUUCAAAUUGCAUUUCUUUCACAUAUGCUAAAAACAAAAAAAAGGCAAUUUUCUCAGUUUAAUGGUUUCACAUAUUUUAACAACAAAACAAACAAACAAGCAAAAACAACAACAACAACUACUACUACUAUUACUGCAACAACAACAAGAAACAAAGAAAUCAAGUUAAAUGUGCAUUGCUAAAAUAACUAUAAACGAAAGGAAAAAAAUUUAUAACGCGUAGACAACAAAACAACUAAAUAACUAUUCUAAUGUUAAACAAAAAAAGAAAAAAACAAUUAAACAUAUGUAUUUCUGUACAUACAAAACACACACACACAUACACAUACGAUUACUAUACAACAAAAAAAAGGUGCCAUAAACUAAAUAAAACACACACACACAGAGAAGAACACUCACACAUAAAAACAAUGAAAUUCUAUGAGGAUUAGGACAACACAAAUAGGCAUUUAAAAUUACAUUAUAUAUGCUAAUAUAUAUAAUCUCUUCUUCUUAACACCAUUAUAAUCGCAACAUUAUUGAAUUCCCUCACUUUGGUUGUCCUAUAAAACAAAAAAAGAAACAAACAAAACAAAAACGAUAUUGUAUUAAUUUAAUCAAUUAUUUUUGACUAACUUCAAUUCGGUUUGCAUUAUAUUGAUUUGAAUUUGAUUUUUUAUUACGCACAACAUUUGAGUUUUUCGAUUGAGACGUUCAUGUGGAUGGAGAGCAUGUAAAUUAAACUUAAGGCAUUAACAAAUUGGCGGUAAAAGAAUAGAGGAAAAUAAUCAAGAUAUAUAUAUAUGAAUAUAGACUAAGCUCAUACGAUAUACAUAAACUCUAUACAUAAUGCUAAAGCUAUAGCUAUGCUAGUGUUAAGUGAUACGUCUAGGAUAAUCCAUAUACAUAUAUAUAUAGAGUACAUACUAUUACAGGCGAAGAGGAGAGAUCUGUACACACUUGCAACUUGCAACACAUGCUGCAACAUAGGUUUUAUGUUUAAACAAAGAACAAACAACGUACGUCUCCGCCCUUUCACUUCCAAUCAGCAGCAAAUCAAUCAAUCAAUCAACCAACCAACAACAAUUUGGAAUAUUCUCAUUGAUUUUUUGUUUAGUAUGUUAUUAUAGUAUUUUAUAUUUUAUUUGAUUUUUUUUUAAUAUAUAAUUAUUAGCAAACAAUUUAGCCAGGCUAGAGUCAAGCAUAUACAUACAUAUAUAUAUAUGAGUGAGUGCUCCGCAAACUGUUUUAAUGUAUACCAAAUGAAGAGAAUUCUCUACCCCCCUGCGCUCCAUCACUUUCUCUCACUCCCCCAUCUCUCUGUCUCUCUCUCAGUGUCUCUUCUUCUGUUAUUGUAUUCUUCUACCUACGCAAGACUUCCAAAAAUGUAAAACACAUAUACUAAAAUAUAUAUAUAUAUAUAUGUGUAUAUUAAUUUAAAGUAAAUAUAUUUUGUUUCUAUGAAAACAAUCGAAUAUGCUAAGUGCCUAUACUAAAUACAUGUAUAUAUAUAUAUAUAUAGAAUAUAUAUAUGGGUGUACAAUUUAUAUACAUACAUAGUAAAAAAACUGCUAAAGUCCGCUCCACUGAGCCAAGGUCGCGCCGUUUGUUUCUUUGGUGUUAUUUCCUAAGGUACAUUAUUCAACUUGCUGCCCCCCUAGACCAUAAAACCACAUACCAUAUAUACUACAUACUAUACUAUAUAUACUAUAGAGAGUACUACUAUAUAUAAAAAUAUCUUUAAUUAUUUGUUAGUCGAUUGCCAGUAGCAAAAAAAAGAAGUAAAGUCCAGUGCCCAGUUCUAUAUAGAACUGUGCCAACUGGUCUCCUCUCCAGACUGCCGCCUUUGCUCAGUGGUGUGCCACAGUACAAUCACACACACUCUCACACACACAUACUAAAACCACACCCAUAGUGUAUGUGUCUGCCUACCUUCCGCCCACUCCUUGCAAAUACACUCAACUGAUUUCAUUUUCAAAAACAAAAAAAGAAAAGUUCUCAAAUGGUUUUCAUUUUGUUUUGUUUUUAGUUUUCAAUUAAUGCACUUUCCAGCCAGAGUGCUUACAAGUGAAGGUGGCGAGGGGGUAGAUGCAAGUGGGGGUAGUCCUCCCGGCAUGUGCCUGGCAGUCAAAGAUUCAGCACCCCUUUUUUUGAUGUGUGAUAUUAAUGCAAUUGUUUGGUUUUGGGGCAACUCAAAAUUUGCAAUGCGAAAAGUUGGAAUAUUGAUUUGCCAGUGUAUUUGUUUGUCGGCUGACUGAGGGGCUAUCCAACUAUAUAUUAAUAAUAUCCCGGACGAGUAUAGAGGUAUAGUGUUUAGCAAAAACGAAACGAUAAGUAAUUGAGAAUGAUACGAAAGAGGAAGGAGAAGAAGAACGAUCUAAAAUGAUGGAGAAGUGAAAAGUAAAAAGUGAAAAAAACAUUGUUGAUGUUGAAUAAUUUUAAGGCCAAAAACAAAAAUGAAAUACACAAAUGAGAGAAAAUAAAUUAAAUUAAUUAAAUUGUUAUAUUGUAAAGCCUCAGUUCUUAAGUUAUUUAUUUUGUACGUUUAAGCAGCGCAUAUGACACUCGACGAAUGACACGUGUGACACCUUGUUAAAUAUACUAUACGAAAAACAAAAACAAACAAUUACAACAACAACUACUGAUACUGAUAAUGAUAGCAAAGAAGCAGCAACAAUAAUAAUAAUAAUACACACACUAUAUUUAACAUAAACUAUCCACACACACACACACACCCCACCCACAUCAUACUACACAAAUACUUUCUCCGAAAAACAGUACUAAACAAAUUUCUUGAUUGUUUUAUAUGUGUAUCUACAUAUAUAUAGUAUAUCCAUAUAUAUAUAUGAAUAACAUUUAUCAAAUUGUCGUGCAGAGUCAUUUCAAAUAGCUUUCAAGACAUUAUUAUAAUUAUUAUCAUAAUUUUACAAAAAAAAAACUAUAUUAUUUUAUUUUAUUUAUUAUUAUUAUUAUUGCAAGAGUUUAAACAAAACAAAAACCUUUCACAAGGGCGGCAGAAAAAUGCCUCAACUAUUAUUUCAUUUGGCACUGCCACAGAAUUCUGUACAUAAAACUUACAAAUAUCUAUAGUAUAUAUUUAUAUCAAUUAAUUGAGGAUUAACAAAAAAGAAAUCCCCUUCGAUAUAUAUGUAUGACUAUAAUAGAAGCCCGCUGCUUUAUCUUUCCUUCUCAUUCAUUUGGCACUGCCAUUAAUAAUAUUUUCCACAUCUUAACAAUUUUAGUUAUAAAAUCGAACGCGAAAUUCCUUCAUUGAUAUUCGCGCGUUCUCUCUUGAUUGUUACUCGAUGGACACGCCCCUUGUGAAGGGCGUUCGAUUAGUUAACUUUACUUGUUUACAUUAUUAUUUUUGUGUGGAUGAAGUUGUGAAAUUUGAUUAUUUUUUUUUGGUUUUUCUGUUUAAAUUAAAUGCAUAGAAAUGCUUACGCACAUUGUUAUCACUAAAAACUGAAUAAAAACAAAAACGAAAAACAAAAAGAUACAAAAAAAAAACAAAAGAAAAGAAAACGAAAAUGUCUGUUAAA